AUGGAAAACACAAGUAUUUAUUUGGGGAACAAUGAUCAGAACGAUGAAGUGUCAAUGGACUGUGCGAGUGAAAAUAGAGAAUCAGGCAAUGAAAAUCUUUUGUCCAAAACAUGUAUAAGAAAGAUAGAGCCCGAGAACACUCUGUUGUUAAAUGCUAAGCGAUCACAAAAUAGUGAAAAUUGCAGUGAGAAAUUGUUCCUUCAAAACGUUUAUGGUUUACAUAGUAAAAUUCCAAUGCAGAUCAUAAGCUUUGAUGAGAAAUAUGUUCUUCGUUGCCUUGACAUGAUACGCACAUAUGCCCUGAGAGCAGCAGCACAGAGUUUCGCUUCAAAAAUGGAAAUUUUGUCAGAUACCAACAGAAGUUCAUAUAAAAUAGCUAGAUUAGGCACUCAAUUUCCUUUGAUUGCAGAAACUGAAAAUACUGUCGUAAGCUCUACUAGUGACUGGAUUAUGAGCCAGGUGACUGGUAGCAAGAGUAUGAUGAACAUCUUGAAGAGCCCAUUACUUCACCAGUUUGGCACCUUAGAAAGUGAUGUCAGUUUUGGAAGAAGUAUACUUGAUGUCAGUCGAACAGUUUGUUCAGAAUCUGUGAAUUCUAGCUGUUCAGUGCAGAACGUACAAAAGGAGGUUACUGUUCUUGAUCGUGGAUAUGGAUCUGUACGUGCACAUAAAAGGCAUAUAUCCGUAUCAAGCACGAAUUCUACUUGUUCUGAUCAGACGUCUUCUUCUGUAUCUUCUGCGAUGUAUCAAGGAAUGCUGCAAAUUAUAUGGAAGGACGGGUUGCCACACCAUGUUUUCUCCAUAGAUGACAAGGAAGUCUAUGUAGCCAAUUUGUCAAAGGCCGAGUCACCAGAAGAUAGGGUUUUGGAUUAUGUUUACACGUUUCAUUCAAGUAAAAAAGGACACAAAGAAUGUGAUAUUCGUGAACAUGAGUUAGAACUUAUUGGGAAGAUGCGAGUUUCUACUUCAAUCACAUUCUGUUCAAACAACUCAGAAAUACAGGAAACUCAUUUUGUUCUCUCUGGUUUCAAUGGCAAUCCCAUAGGAGAGAUGCAGGCCUCAAGUAGUGCCCUGAGGAAGAAUAAGAGAUUGACAAGGAAGGUAGUGAAUGCUUUCAGGUCAAAGCAGAGAUCGUCUUCCAAAUUUGGGGGGACAAGUACCAUUUUUGAAGAGACUUCUUGGGAUUGGGACCCACUCCGAGAUAUGCAAAACAGUCUCGACCCAGAGGAUGGCACUGUAGAAAAUCAAUAUGUUGCAAAUCUUGAGUUGGCUGCCAUUGUUGUGAAAGACCAUGUUUGCAACAAUCGUAAGGAGGCAGGAGUUGGUGGAUGGGGUUUGAAGUUUCUGAAAAAAACAAGAAAUAAUCCAUCUCUAGAGACCUCAAUACCUUUUGAAUUUUGUCCACGAAACAGUGGUGAAUGCUCAACAAGCAUGAACAUUCUCGUACCGGCUGGUUUUCACGGGGGACCAAGAACUAGGAUUGGUGGUCCUUCAACUCUUAUUGAUAGGUGGAUCUCUGGUGGGUGCUGUGACUGUGGGGGGUGGGAUAUAGGGUGCCCGCUAACAGUACUCGAUGCCAGGUCUAGAGGCGCUUAUGCGUCCUCCCAGGCAGAUAAUUUAGAAGAAUGCAAGUCGUAUGAUUUCUUUAUACAGGGUUCAAAGCAAAACACACCGAUCAUGAAAAUGCUACUGCAAUUAUUCAUUCUUGUAGCCCGUCUCUGCGAUCCAAAGUGUACAGGAGUUGAGGCAACAAAGUUCAGGUUACUUGGCUCUGAUGUAACAAAUAUAUCUGCUGCUGUAUUCCGGACAUGUGAUUUCUGCUCGACUUCUUCAUCACCAAACUUGGAAGGACUGGAACUCUAG